AUGGCCGCCAUGGACGAAGAAAACCAACGCUCGCCCUCACCGGCGCCCACAUUACACGACGAUGAGCCUGUCAUGGCCAACAUGGAGCGACAAAGCUCAAGGGCUCCCGAAAUGCGUGGCCCUACAUCGAUGGUCAUCAAGAUCCUCACAGGAGUCAUGGUGGCUAUUCUCGUCAUCUUCCUCGCCGACCUCUCAUAUCUUUUCGGCUCCACCUUCAAGACGAACGAAAGAGUCUCUGCCCUGAAGAUCCUAGUUGUCGACUACGAUGGUGGUGCGGUUGGAGAGUCCGUCGCCAACGCCUACAAGUCCCUGCAAGCCAAGACUUUCCCAACCUUCGAGUUCCGAUCGGCCGACGAAUACCCCGAGACUUCAGAUGUCAAGCGUAGUGUCUGCAAGGCUGAUUACUGGGGUGCUCUCUACAUCAACAAGGAUGCCUCAGACCGGCUCGCUGCUGCGUACGAGGGAGGCUCUGCUGCCGAGAACUACAACCCUGCCGACAGCAUCACCUACAUCUACAACGGUGCAAGAUACCCCACCGUCGCUUCUGGCUUCCUGGCUCCCAACAUCAAUGCUAUCAUCGGCGCAUCUCGCGGUGGCUACUACCAGACCCAGGAGGGCCGCUCUGCUCUGCGCAAUGUCAACAGCAGUGACCCAGCUGCUGUCGAGGCCUACCUCAACCCCAUUACAGGUACUCCCGAUAUCAUCCGACCCACCAACCAAGGAUCACGAAACCUUUACAACACCAUCAACAUUGUCAUGGCCAUCCUUGGACAAUUCUUCUACGUCCUUGCCAUGAACGGUAUCUACGACAAGUUUGGUCUUCACAAGAGCAUGCGUGUCCGCGACGUUUGGGUCAUGCGCUUCAUCAACGGCAAGAUCUUUUCCAUGCUGUUUGCCAUGGUGGUCACCGGAUACAUCUGGGCUUUCCGCGAGGACUGGGCCGUAUCUGGUGCAGACUGGGCAUUGACCUGGUUGACAUUCUGGCUUUUCAUGGACGUCAACUUCCAGGUCCUCGAGACCACUAUAGGGAGCUAUGUGCCGAUGCCCCUCACUCCCUUUUUCCUGCUCACAUGGUUCAUGGUCAACGUGGCCUCUGUUGUGUUCCCCUUUGAGCUUACAGCGGGCUUCUACCGAAUUGGAUACAUAUUCCCUGCUCAUUCACUGUGGAUUGUGUUGAUUCAAGUUUGGUCUGGAUGUGGAAACUCUCUACAUAUUGGCUUGCCUAUUCUGUUCGCUUGGUUCAUUGUUGGACAUGUCACAGCUUUCUUCGGCGUGAGGAAGAGGUGCUUGGACCAGACACAACCCCAAGCCCCUGCGGAGGAGAAGCAUGAAUGA